AUGGGUUCUGAAAAGGCACGACGCUGGGUACCCACUGAAAAGUUGGUGUACGGUACCAUUAUCAAGCACUUCACGCCAUUACAAAAGCAUCCCGAAUUAAUCUAUCGAAGUGACGAGUUUCACGACAUAUUUAUCGGAGCAGAAAUUUACAUCUUUGAAGUAACAACCGAUGGAAAAUGGUGUAGGUCUUAUUUUUGUGCAAGACCACUUCCUGAAGAAUUCAUUGCUACUAUGAGUACAAUAGGUGAACUGUUACCAAGUAUCAAACCGAUAGUUGCGGUUGUCCCAAGAGCAUAUGUGAGAAUUGAUGCAUCUGCAAGUAUUCGUCCCAUGCCAUUUUUCAAGCUACCAGAACCAAAGGAUUUCCAAAGGUUUCUAAGCAAUGAAUGUACAUCAAAAUCACUAUAUGAUCAUUUAACGAGUGAUUCUUCAAACACUGAUGACAAUGCGAUAACAAUGAGGAAUGAUAAACAGGCAAAACCUUCUUUUCCUUACUUCAGGUAUAAAGGUAGACCUUUUGUGGAUGAAAUAGCUGCAGUUUUAAUGACGUUGUGCUCACAUAUAUUUGCCAUGUAUUCGGCUGGUGAAUUUAUAAUAUAUGAAAAAUUAACGUCUCUUUUUUAUGAAUUAGACAAUAUUAGAUUGAAACUGUUAUUCGGAUUAACUACAGAAUCGGAGCGGAUUCUUCUAAUCAGAUCUGCAAGUUGUGAACUUUCGAAGAUUUCAAAAUUCAUCUCUUCAAAGGGUAAACCAAAUAAAUUUUUACUUAAUAAUACUGCACCAAUUGCUCCUGAUCCCUACGGAUUUGAAAGUGUGUUUGCACGUGAUGUCAAUACCGGUAAACUUCUGUCUUUUGAUGAUACCAAUCUACAAACCUUACUAUUAAGUACUAUGCUAUAUGGCUUAACUAAUAAUUUCCCAAUAGUUCGAAUUGAGUCUCUAAACUUAGAUCUACCGAAGGGAAAAGUCUUUGAUUUUUCUCAAUCACAUGUACUUAUUGAUUUUAAACAAGUUACUAGUGAUCCUUCUAUCUUUGAUCCAAAAUUUGAAAACGUUAGAGCUUCUGUGCAUUUGAGAACGAAGGACAAAUUAUUAGCUGAGCCUUACAUCGUGAAUAUCAACCCGAAUAAUAUCUCAUCUUUGAAUAAUAUAUCUGCCGUUUUAUUCAAAAAUAUAGCAGCCUCUGUCAUCAAUGACCAAAAAAUUUAUUUAGUCGUUGUACUGACAGAAUAUGUCUUAAUCAACUCUCAUAAUAAAAUUUCAAUUUCUUCAUUUCGUUCCCCAUUUAUACCCUACGCUAACACCAACGACUUGAGAAUUGACACCAUCAAGAAAGGUGUUGCCGUUGGCGUAACUGAUAUUUCUCCUAUUUUCAAAAGCUACCAGGGUAAAUCAGCAGCUGGUUCUGCUCACAAAUUCAAAAUUAAUUUAUAUACAUCCCAAUUUGAUCAAUCAAACGAACAAUCUGCAGGAUCAACUACUAAUAUUGGAUGGGGGAACGUAAUUUCAAAGAUUUUGAACGACUCCGUCGAAGGCGUCAUCAUUAAUCCAAGGGCUGUAUCUCUAUCAGUUACUGCAAAGGAAAUUGUAGGAGACCACCAGAUGGCUAAUCAUCUCACGAGUUCUUCCAUAGCUGCAAUUGAAACCGUUCCAUCACAUUUGCAUUACAGUAAACGAGAUCAAACCAUUGAGCAAGUUUACUUGAAUCUAGGCAGUGUAUCACUUUCCGGCGUGGCCAAAAGAGCAAAGAAUAUUAAGAACGUUACGAUAGUGGCAAAGUCAAAGAAUCCAAAUGUUACUUUCAGUGAAAAUUCAAAUGAGUCAAAACUUCAUUCAUGGACUUUCGUCUCUGGCCGUCCAGGCGAAUCAAUAGGUGAAACUGUCAGAAUAAAUGAUAUCCAAAUGAUGAAGGACAAUGAAGAUAUUGAUAUUCUGGCUUACUUGAACGGAUUUCUUAUGGCUAAGGCUGCGGUUCCUAUUAAGAGAGGCAAUGACAUCAUAAUAUAUGAAAGAAACACUACCAUCUCGUUAAUUUCAUCUGAAAACAAACAAAUUAUAGACUUAAAAAUUGAUACUGAUUAUCCAGGUGACAUGUUUAAUAUUCCAACCGCGAUUGAACGCUUUCUACCGUUCGACGACAUAGACUCGGGAAAUUUUGAUAAUUUCUGUCCCGUUAUAUUGGAAGAAUUGAAUAAUAUUGAAUUCGACAGUCGCUCAAGACACUUUCAUGCCCUGCUGCGUGGUUAUUUGAACUUGCUUUUUUAUUUCAACGAUCAGUCAGACCUUUCAUUGAAAAUAUUCACAUCAUUCACCAAAUUCAUUGAUGCUACACUUUCAUCUGAUAAAACCAACUGUAGGCAUCAAUUUUUUACCUUCUACGAACAAUAUUCCAAAGAUAUAUCCGCUUUACCUCCAAUAGGCCCCGCUAUUUUGAAACACUUUUCAAGAGUGCUUAAAGAAGAAAGUCAGGAUGAAUGGAGUGAUAUGGGAAGAAGUUUAUGUAAUGCCUCCUUGUAUGUUGUUAUGCUUUCUGUCAUUUCAUCAUCUGAUGAUGAGGAUGACUACAAGCUGGCAUUUGAGCAAUUUUUCGACGCAAUUUGUAAAUUUUUGACUCUAUCGAGUUCAAAACUUGUCAGAGGUCAAGUAUCCAUCUUGAGUUUCUAUGAUCUCUGGCUUCCUUCCUUAAGUUAUUACUAUGAACCGGAAAGCAUUUUAGUUUUCACUUCAAAACUGUUCGAAAGUUGUCAACAGAAGGAGAUCUGUUUGAGCAUUACAACUAAGAUAUUAUCUGCCCAAGAGGAAAAUUACCUCAACGUGAAAUUUCUUUUAUUGAGGAGAGUGCUUUCUUCCGAAGUUUCAAAGAAUACUUUAUUUGACAAUAGUAACUAUAAUGCGUUACAUUUAGAGUUUAUCUCUAGGUGUAUUGAAUGGACCGUGCAGCCCUACCUUUUACAAAAUGAUAGAAUUUUACAAGUACCCACAAUGCGUCUGGCUAAUAGCGUAUUGAUUACACUAAUCGAAAAUAUUAAAGAUAGAAAAGUUUUGAUAAAUAUGAUGAGACUAAUCCCGACUUAUUGUCGGUUUUUGCUAUUGGUAAGAAAAUAUUAUAAAAAGUCAAAUUUAUUCAAAACCAGCAGGACCUUCACGAAGUUAUUUCCUGUAGAAUUACCAUUUCCAAAACUGCCCAUGGAUUCAAUUGUUAAUGAUGAGAUUGUGGUUGAAAUCUUGCUCGAGAUCGCCACUAUAAUAUGUGAACUGACGAAAGUUGGGUAUAAAUUUUUUGGGCAUAACUCCUCGCUUACAGAAAUUGCUAGACAAUGUGAAAAUGACGAGAUGUUUCAGUCAGUGUUUUACUCGAAGGAGGUUGGUAAGGAACAUAUUUUGACAAUUACUAGAACAAUCAAAAUCCUGCUCAAGGGUGAAUUUUUUCCAGAAAAGAAAUGGUUAGCAAUAACAGCAUUAUUUACUAGAUGUUCAUUAACCUUGCUGGGAAUGUGCAAAGAUUUCAUGAUUACAAAAAAUUCUCCCUCGAAAUCUAAGCAUGAUCAAGAUGAUGAAUGCACAGUCGAUAUGAAGCUGUGGGCAGAAUACUAUAAAGCGAUUUUGAUGCUGUCAACGCACAAAGUAUCUACAUUAACUAAGCUAGCCAUUAUUCCAAGAAAGGCAAUAUACUGCAUUACUCAUGACUUGAAAAGGCAAGCUGCGUUUCUACUCAAUGAAUCGUGGGAUGCACUGGGAUAUGAAAAUGAUAAGGAUGACCAUAUGGUGAUGGCAACUAAAUACGGUAUUGAUCAUGUUAGUGAAUAUCAGCGUCUGCUAUUGAUUGAAAACCCAUCAAUUAUGAGGGAGCUUUUCGUAUUUGCCUUUAGUAGACAUAUUGAUGCGACUGCGGUUAGUUGUAAAAUUAUCUGGAGUGUGGCAAUCAACUUCUGGCAAAGUGAAUCUUCUUUUCAGUCUGCUUUAAACAUCUGCAUACCAGAAUUAUACAAUGGAUUCCAAAUGGGUAAGCUUUUCAUAGACAAUUAUGAAUUGGAACGAUUUAUUGCUUGCAUAUUUUAUACUGUCCAUAUGCCCUCUGAUGAUAUAUUAUAUCAAGCUUUCUCAGAUUUUCUGAAAGAGUUGCUAGGUUUCCUACAUAUUGUUGCCGAAUCUUAUAAGAUUUCUGGGCAAGAAGAGUUUGACGAUGAUAGAACAACACGUCAUAUCGAGAUGUUCAGGUAUUUAUUAGAUGCCAACAGACCGGAAUUAUUCCAUAAAAUGAUUAAUGAUCUAUAUAUACAUGCUAUUAAAAAGAAGGACUAUGUUCAGGCUGGCCUCGGUUUGGAAUUACUUGCAAGCGUAUACGAAUGGGAUCCUAAUGACGUUUUACCCGCAAUACCAUAUCCUUCAUUACCGAAACAAUCAUCAUUUGAAAGAAAGGAGUUUCUGUAUAAGGAGGCUGCAAGAAAUUUUUCGAAAGGCCUGAAACUUGAAAAGGCCUUGGCUGUCUAUAAGGAUUUGAUCAAGGCAUAUGACGAAAUUGACUACGAUUUGAAUGGGCUAGCAUUUGUACACGACCAAAUUUCCACGAUUUAUACAGAAUUACAGAGUAUUGACAGACUUCUGCCAACUUACUUUAAGGUAUCAUUUAUGGGUUUUGGUUUUCCAAUCUCCAUUAGAAAUAAGAUGUUUAUUUUUGAAGGUUUACCCUUUGAGCAUAUAACAUCGAUGCAAAAUAGAUUAUUGAAAAUUUAUCAUGGAUCAAGCAUUAUUCAACAGCAGGCUCAGGUAGAUGAAUUACUGAUGAAGCCUCCAAUGGGUAAAUUGAUCAAUGUGACAACGGUUGAACCGCAACUAGAUAUUUCAGACAAAUACUCUAGCGCAUUGAACAACAAAACUAGAAUGUACAUUGAAAACAGAAAUUUGAGAACUUUUUGCAAUUCUAGAAGAUUAGCUAAUUCUACUAGUGUAACUAAUCUGUGGGUUGAGGAAUUUACAUAUACUACUCUGUCUACAUUUCCAACUUUGAUGUAUAGAUCUGAAAUUAUUGAAGUGAAAAAGCGUAAAUUGUCUCCAUUGGAAAAUGCCAUAAGAUCUUUACAAAUCAAAAUUCAAGAAUUGAAUGGCCUUGAAAACAUGGCUUUGAAAGUUCUAAAAGAACAAGGCGAUGUCACAGACAUUUUCAAUGAAUUGUCAAGAAAUAUAACGGGCACAAUUUCAGCACCCAUCAAUGGAGGUAUAUCCCAAUAUAAAGAGUUUUUGAAGCCUCCUACCUGUGAUCAGUUUGAUGCUCAAGAACUACACAGGUUGAUAUUAUUAUUUGAUGAAUUAACGAUAGUCCUGAGCCGUUGUCUACUCAUUCAUAUGGAGAUAUUACCUUCCAGCGAAUACAAAGAGUCCCAUAAUGUAUUGCUCAGGUUGUACGAAGAGAAUUUUUCUGACGAGAUCAAACACAAUAACAUUAAUAUACAUAAUACCACCUUGGAAAACCUAACAAAGUCAUUUACCAGACAGGGUUCCGUUCACGGAUCUCAGAGGAUAAAGUCACUGGGAUCAUCGCAUUGGGACAGGAGUACUACAAAACAUAUGAAGACUGCCUCGGUCAAUAGUGAAAUUGUGGAUAUGAAUAUGGGAGAGAUUUUAACGAAAUAUAUUACAAGAUCGAGCUCCCACAGUUCGCUAACUACCGGCAGUUCGCACUUAGCACCAUCCGUUUCAUCAAUAUCCAACCAAACUACACAAACACUCGGAAGCACGUCACUACAACAGACUGUCAACGAAAUUUCGCAUAGUCACAAUCUUCAUUUAUAA